AUGAGCAACAAGAUUGCUCUGACCGGCCAGCUGGAGGCCACGGAGGGAGGCCUAAACCUCUUGAAUCGACAGCCAUCUUCACCGCCAGAGAGGCUCUGCCGCUGGGGCUACAAGCACCCUGCCCGGGCCCCGUCUACCUCCCAAAGCUCCAUUCAACACUGUCCAACUAACACGCGGCAUCUGCAGGGGCAGGAGAGGGAGGUAGGUCAGAAGCGUGUGUUGAUGUCUGGUCCGUCGUGGCGCUCGGUGCCCAAGUCCAAGAGCACCAGUGCCAUCCUGCAGGAGCUGCCAGCACCUAGCUGGGGCAGCAACAGCAACCUGGGCGCUGGCCGUAGCGAGCUGGAUGAGCUUCAGGAGGAGGUAGUGAGGAGAGCGAGGCAGCAGGAGCAGCAGAGGAGGAAAGAGGCGGAGAGAGAAGCUGCGGUGGGAUUCAACCCCAGACCCUCCAAAUACAUGGACUUAGACCAGCUGCAACACCAGGCUGUGCUCAGCCCCUUGCAUGAGGCUAAUGCUCAUAGUGGAUUGGCUGUAGCUGCGUGCAUGAGGAGCACUUGGGAACCAAUCACACAGGAUCAGGAUAUGGAGCAGGAGAGAAGAAGCGCCCGUCCACAGGGGCAUCGCAGUGAACAGCCUGGCCCGCUCCAAGUACUGCUGACGCCCAAUCAGGAGGGGGAAGAGGUACGGCCAGCCUACCAGGAUGCAGCCCUGGGCCCUGGCCAGCCCUCUCUCUCCUACAGACCCUCCCCCAUCCUCACCCCUCUCCACUCAUCCCUCCAACCCCCUCCCACCGACAACUCCGCAGCACAGGUUGAGGAGGGGAGAGACAGCCUUUUUAGCGGGGGAGAGGGGAGAGAACGGGUCAGGAGGGAGGAGGAUGUGGGGAUGAGUGAGGUGGGGGGACAGGGACUGAGGAAAGUUGAGGAGGGGGAGCGGUUGAGGAGGGGUGAGGAAAGACAGGGGACUCUGGGAUAUAUCCGACACACACACGACCCCCUUACACACACAUUCACCCUCUGA